AUGGAUAUAGAUAAAAACGCUGAUAUGCCUGACACUUCCUCAUUGACUUCCAAGGGCAAGGUCAAGGAAGACGUUUCUUUGACUACUAAUGCGUCAACCAAGACUCCAGAGACUGUAACCGCCGCAUCUACGACAACGGCCAAACCACCAGCUCCCUUAACAAGAAGAGAAGAGGAAUUUAUACGAAAAGACAGAAACUUGGCCGAGUUUUUGUUAUUGUUGGAUGAUCUCGAACCGCUUAUACCUGAUUCUGUAACAGACUAUUAUCUGGCGAGGUCAGGUUUUGCAUCUGACGAUAUCAGAAUUAAACGUUUAAUGUCACUGGCGGCUCAAAAAUUCAUAGCAGAUAUUGUUACAGAUGCCUUCCAAUACUGUAAAAUACGACAACAGAACAAAAAGAACAUAACCAAGCGCAACAAGACAGUCUUAAAUCUUGAGGAAUUAGCAGCAGCAUUAUCGGAAUACGGUAUCAACAUUAAAAAGCCGGAUUAUUAUCGCGCUUAA